GUACCAAAAAAACACCCAGUGAAGUCGAGUGGUCCCAGCACCCCGCCGACCCCGAAGGCCCGGGCGGCGACGGCGGCGCCCUCGAGCGGCUCGGGUGCGGCGUGCACCAUCUGCGGCAGACACUUCGCGCCCGACCGCGUCGCCAAGCACCAGGAGAUCUGCAAGAAGUCGCACACCAAAAAGCGGAAGCCGUUUGAUGCGCUCAAACAUCGGCUGGCGGGAACAGAAGCGGAACCGUUCAUCAACAAGCUGCGCAAGAGCACGACGACCCCGUCGACGACCAAGGUGAACGCAAAGCCGCUGAACAGCAGCUGGAGGCAGAAGCACGAGGAGUUCAUACAGGCGAUACGCGCCGCCAAACAGGUGCAGGCGCAUCUCAACGCGGGCGGUAAACUAAGCGACUUACCUCCACCGCCGCCGUCUGAAAACCCAGACUACGUCCAGUGUCCUCACUGCAACAGACGUUUCAACCAAGGCGCCGCCGAACGACAUAUACCCAAGUGCGCCAACUACCAGUUCAACAAACCCAAACCAGCUGCCAGAAGGCGGUAACCGACCAAAACAAAUGCCAAUCAGUUCCCAUGGUCGCCAACUGGGAACUGUGGUAACUGAUUGGCGGUUGACGACUGGUUCUACAAUCAAAUUGUAGCCAGGCCAUUCCGUACCUAAUUUGUUGCUGAAAUUAAGCAACUUAUUGGUAAUUGUGAUUACUGGUGAUACAAUUCGAUUGCUGUUACAAUCCAUUGGUUACUGGAGAGCUUUUACAUAAAUAAUGUUAUCGUGGUAGCAGUUUGCUAGUAAUAAGUUUGUGGUGACCGAUUGGUCGUGGUAGCAAA